GUCAUUAAGGCAGAUUUUUUUUUUUUUUUUUAAACUUGACCUUUUAUAACCGAAAAGACGAUGAAACCUCCCUACCCGAGGAACGCAUUGACCCAAGGGUCGUCCUGCAGUCACUGUGGGAGGCCGAGGCAGCCACAUGCCGCUCCCUCCAGAGAAGGCGGGAGGUGAGGAUGGGAUGAGGGCAUCCCGACCGCGGCAGCAGCUCCCUCCCCGUUGGCGCCAGGCGGCCCCAGGGCAGGACCACUGCGGGGGGCUGCGCCCUCACUCAAGAUGGCGCCUCCAGUGUCUCCGACGGGCUCUGACGUCAUGGCUGUCGCUGCCCAAUUACUUCCGCCGGCAGCGGCGUCCGCUUUCCCUCAGUGAAGAUGGCGGAGCGCGGGGCGCAGCGCCGGCGGCUGCGGUGAGGGGGUCACAGGGCACUGCUAUUAUGUCCUGGGUACAAGUAGCAGUCAGCCAAUCCAAUGAGGAUAUAUUUGAUGAAGAUGCAGAUGAGAUGUAUCUACUACAGAAGGAAUGGAACAGCACUAUGAAGAAGAGAUUGAAGGAAGGCUAUAGGGAUGGAAUUGAGGCCGGGAAAGAACUUGCACUCCAGACAGGCUUUAAUCAAGGUUACAGACACGGUGCCAAGCUGAUGAUUACAUGUGGCCAGUUCAAAGGAACCCUGAAUGCUCUCUUAUCCUGGUGUCAUUUUAAUGGACAUAAUUCUGCUCUAAGUACAAUAAAUAAUCUUCUUGAUGUGGUUGGAAAGCAUGAAGAUGAUGUGCUUAAGUAUCUGAAUUCUACUGAAGAACAGCCACGUCUUGGACACAUUUUAGCCUCAGUUCAGGACAUGGACCUUAAUCACACAGCUGGGACAGAGUACAGGGAAGUUGAAGACGGAAAACACGACGACUGUGGCAGCUCUGGUGAAAACAUUUGUAGGAAUAAUGGUGUGGUUGGUUCCUUGCAGUCUGAGUGCAGCAAGGCAAAUCUCUGCACAGAUCCUGAAAAGUCAACCCUUGCUUGGGUUAAAAUGCAGACUGUUUGGUUAGUAGAGCAACUGGGCUUAUCACUGGAUGUACUCCAUCAUGUCCAGCAACUGGAAAAUUAGUUUUCCUGUCUCAUGGUACUUCAAACUAUCACAGCUGAUUUUGAUUCUUAGUUUGUGGGCCAUGUAGAGGCUGAUGCAUCACUUUUGCUUUAGGAAAAUCUAAUUUUGAUGUUUUAUAGUAGAAGUAAUUUUUGUAAAUCCUUGCCAUGAUUUUGGCUCUGGGCAAAACCCUUCACUUUCAACCUUAAAGGUAACAUUCACAGAAAGGGGCAGGGACUUUAAAGCUUUACAAAGAGUUUCUAAACAUGUUUCUGUUUUGUGUCGGGAGGUCCCAUUUCACCCUCAUUUUUUUCUUGGCAGCAGCUUGGAAAUGAAAUGGGUCCGUUAAAUAGCUCCUUUUAAAUUGGUCCCCUGCAAUAUCAAAAGAGUAAAUGCUAUGGAAAUGGUCAGUGUUUUUGCAGAAUAGGCUGCUGUUGAUGAUAUGCUGUGUGCAAAAUAGAACAUGAUACGCUUUGAUUCCUAGUGCUGUGACUCUCUAGUCACUUUUUGUCAAAUUCUACGUGUUAUCUUUUCUACCCAUGAUGCAAUGCACUUUCACAGUUAAAAACUAUAUUCCCCUCCUUAUACAGUUUCCCCUUCUUAUAUAGUUAUAUUUGUCACUUUUGCUGAAAACUCACCAUUUUCCUCAAAUGCAGAAUUGCUGACAAUUCCUUGUUUUACUUUUAGACAUCUACUCUUAUCAUGUCAGACCACACUUAAUAUGCUUCCAGUCCAAUGAACAUCCUUUCGUUAUUUUUGUAUUUAUUUUGUCAGUCCAUCUAGCCUGAUCUCUUUCCCACAUUCCAAUAAUGUUUUUCUCAAACUCUUCAAGGAAGCCAAGCUUAUUCACUACCUCUUAGAAACACAUCGGCCACACAUGCCUGUUUCUGAUUAUUCUGUAACUAUUCUGUAUUUGACUUGCUUUCCCAUUGCUUCCCUUCACUGUAGCUGUAAAUUGCUUUGGGAAGUUUUUUCUUUGUGAAUGCCUCUGUUUUACACUAAUUAAACUGAUUUAUAGUAAGUUCCCAGCUUACUUGUUGGAAGUUUCCUGUAACUCAUUCUUAUUGGAGACAAAGGAAUAUUCCAGACCUAGGCAAAGUAAGAUUUUGAACAGUAAACUAUAAUUUAAAAAAAAUCACAAAGCCAUUUCUAAAGGCAAGAAAAAAUCUAAGGCAAAAAUUCCUUGUUUUUCAGAGCCUGAGUUUUGUACAACAUUUUUACUAAAGACUCUGUUACACUGUCAGAGUUGACAUUACUUUUCUUCAAAUGCUUGUCUUGUGUUAUACACUGUAUCAUGUAUGUUAAACACAGAUUUCUUCCAUAUUCUGGUAGAAUAUGGUGCAGACAGUGUUGGAAUAUAUAUAUAUAUAAUUUUCCUAACUAAUUUCUAAUGAGUUGUUUUAACUAAUUGUAAGCAGUGCCCACUUCUAGGCAAUACCACUUAAUUUUCUUUGCAGACCUACUUUGAUCAUUAAAUCACUGAAACCUUGAGUUUGUUAAAACUAAGACUGACAAUCUUCAGUGAACAAAGCCAAAGGAAUUUGAAGAUUGGACAUCUGGGAUCCUAAAUUUAUGGCCAUUCAAGGACAUCAGAGUAACCAGGAGAUAUGGAGGAGAUUAAGGCUUGGAAAAUUGGAGAAAAAUAUAAAAGAAGGAAUAAAGGAUGUGGACCAGAUUAGCAUGAAGAGAAAGAAAUCAGUAACUAAGAGGGGGUUCCAUGUUAUCACCCAGAGUUUCCAGUUUGGCUGUAGAGAGAUUUUCUUCUGUACUUUCUGUAUUAUUUGGCUUAUCUGUCACUACCCAGUCUUGCUGACCAGCACCAGAAAGGCUUUCUUUGAGACUGUUAGAAUCUGUAGUUUGCUCCGACUGUGGUCCAGGUUGUUGUUCUGUGUCCAUGUCUUGUGUUUCACUGUCAGCUUUCACCUUGGCAGCAUUCCUGAAAACAGCUCUCAUGACAACUGGGACUGACAUGCAACUGAAGAAGGAAAUAACACAUUAGUCACUAUUACAGACAUCAUACUUUCUUUAAACUGUAGCUGACACCUGAAUGAAAACCAGCAUUACCUCCUUUCUGUUUUUAUCUGCCUCCUUUCUGUUUUUGUCUCAUACAACCUGGUGUUACUUUGUAGCCAUUAUAUAAACUACAUGUGCUGUACCAGAAAUAUAUGUUAACACACUGAAAUUUAGUGCUGAGUCUUUGAAGUUAGGUGUGCACAGAAACUUUGACUGAAAGAGGAGGAGGUCUUUCAGUCUGGUCAA